UGAAAAAGGCCAUAGAUUUUAAAUCUAGAGGAUUUAAAUUGUUUCCAGGGAAAGACAACAGCAACAAGUUUUCUAUCUUAAAUGAGGGAGGUAUUAAACAGGCAUCCAAUUUGUGUCCAGAUCCUGGAGAACCAGAAAAUGGAAAACGGAUAGGCUCAGAUUUUAGCUUGGGAGCAACAGUACAGUUCUCCUGCGAUGAAGAUUAUGUGCUACAAGGUUCAAAAAGUAUCACCUGUCAGAGGAUAGCUGAAGUUUUUGCUGCAUGGAGUGAUCAUAGACCUGUGUGUAAAGUCAAGACUUGCGGAUCCAAUCUUCAGGGACCUGGAGGCACUUUCACAUCACCCAAUUUUCCAUUCCAGUAUGACAGCAAUGCUCAAUGUGUGUGGGUCAUCACAGCUAUCAAUACUAAUAAGGUAA